UCAUCCUAUUUGUUGGCCAAAUGUGGAGGAUGGAGAGCCGUCUUGGAUCUGUGUUGCUGCUGGCAAGUGGAAUUUUUUGGUCGGCGUUUUGGGUGACUGAAGCUAUACCUCUUCAGUAUCCUCUGAAUUCAGAUGGAAGCACGGGGGAUGUCUGGUCUGCGUCUCCCCACCUGCCCUUGGUGGUGUCGCUGAUGGUGCUGCUGGCUGUGGUCGUGCUGCUCGUGAACUGCGUAACCUGCUGCAAAGAAAGAGAGAUCAACUUCAAGGAGUUUGAAGAUCACUUUGAUGAUGAAAUCGACUUCACUCCGCCAGCGGAAGACACGCCUUCUAUGCAAUCCCCCGCCGAGGUGUACACCCUCGCCGUUUCUCCUGUUCCCCUGCCCGGACCGCCACACCUGCAACCUCUGGCCAGCAUCACAGAGACAUCUUCAGACUCCCAGGUGGCACGUCACAACUUGAGUUACAUCCAGGAGAUUGGAAAUGGCUGGUUUGGCCAGGUGCUUCUCAGUGAAAUGUACACAGACCCAGGUGGAGUCAGAGUGGUGGUGAAGGAGUUAAAAGCAAAUGCAAACGGGAAGGAGCAGAACGAUUUCUUGCAACAAGGCGAUCCAUACAGAGUUCUAGAGCAUCCGAACAUCCUGCAGUGCCUGGGGCAGUGUGUUGAGGCCAUUCCCUUCCUGCUGGUUUUUGAAUACUGUGAAAUGGGGGACCUGCGGGCCCAUCUGUCUCAGCAGGAUUGGAUGUUCAGAAACGCUGAGCUGCUGCAGUUGCAGAGGAUGGCUUGUGAAAUCGCUGCUGGUGUCACUCACCUUCACAAACACAACUUCCUGCACAGUGAUUUAGCUUUGAGGAACUGCUACCUGACUGCAGAUCUUACUGUAAAAGUAGGAGACUAUGGAAUCGGACCCUACAGAUACAAAGAGGAUUAUAUCAUCACGGAGGAUGAUACGUUUGCUCCUCUCCGCUGGUUGGCCCCUGAGCUGGUGGGGGAGCGCCAUGGGGGAGUUAUUGCGUUGGAACAGACCAAGCCCAGCAAUGUGUGGGCUUUGGGGGUGACGUUAUGGGAGCUUUUUGAAAAUGCAACUCAGCCGUACCCACACCUGUCCGACCGGGAGGUCCUUAAUCAUGUCAUAAAGGAGCAGCAGGUCAAACUGUUUAAGCCACAGCUGGAGCUUCCUUAUUCCGACAGAUGGUAUGAGAUCUUGCAGUUCUGCUGGCUGUCACCUGAACGACGGGCCACGGCAGAGGAAGUCCACCGUCUGCUCAUCUAUCUGCGCAUGCAAGGCCAAAAGGAUGUAGAGGAGGAUUUUGAGCAACGCUGGGAUGCCCUCAAGCCGAACCCCUCCAGCCGGCAAACCAUUAGCCAUUCUUCCUUCCCAAUCCUGGACCAAUUCGCUGAUGAUGCCCUGAGGCAUGAGAUCGACGAAGUCCUUACCGUCACAGAAACCAGCAAAGGUCUUAGUUUCGAGUAUGUUUGGGAGGCAGCCAAGCACGACCACUACGAUGGCCACCAUGCAUGUUCAGGCAUGGACACAACUCUGAACUACCACAGCAUGUUCUUUCCUAUCUCCAGGGAAGACAUCCAGGCCCAUUUUCCUGAUCCUUUAGGUAAGACGAGAGGGGAAGAACAUUCCUCAGGAGUCACCGGGAUUCUACCAGUGUUUGAUGCACAAAAGUCUUCAAAUGGGAAUGAAUAUUUCAUACAACUUGAGGAGCAAGGAGAGAAUACAGUCAACAAUGGCGGUAGAGGACAAGACCUGGGCUUUACGUCAAGCCGGCAAGAUUUUGUUGUUCUUCAAGAUGCACGGCUGGACGAGUCCAGCACCGACGCCGACUUCUUCCACCAAAGCAUUGACUCGAAAGAUUCCUACUUACCAGACAGCCACAUCUGGUCAUCUCUGGAAAACGACAGUCCAUACCACACCAAUAUUUUCACAGAAGACGGCUCGAAGCAGGGCGACUCCCCUCCAUGGAGCAAGAGUUUUAUGGAGCUGCCUGACCUGAACGGGAAUCCUUUCAUUGAGAGUUCUAUAGAGGGCCAAGAGGUACACGGCAACCAGAGUUACGGAAACCCUUUUUUAGAUGAUCCAUCAGUUUCUUUAGAAGAGGAGAGGAUGAGCACAGAUGAUAAAAAUCCUCUUCAAACUGAAGAACUGUCUGGAAACUUUGUGUUUCUUAGAGACCACAAGCUGAUGAAAGAGGACUCCGUCAACUCAAGACUGCACCCAACUUUUCUUUUGCCCGGCUUAGUUCACGAACCAGAGGAUACCUUCAAGAUGAGCUCUUGGGAGAACCUUGAGACGUUUGGCAGCUUAAACACAACCGACUCGUACUCAAAACCUGCACCAAGUAGCGCCUCCUCAAGGCAGGAACUUUUAGACUUUGAAAGUGCAAACUUCGAGGACGCCCUGGUCGAAAACUCAACACUGGUGCCUUCCAUUACCGUGGUGGCAGAUGACAACACAAGCAGCUACCUGCCAGUUGUAGAAAGUUCUUCCUCUAAAGACCGCAGCCUGCCACAAUCCUCCGACAGAGGAGCAGACUCCGGUUUUGAUUCUACCUCAGAGAAGGUUGAGAUCGUCACUGAUGGCCACUCCUCCGCAUUUCCUGACAGUGCCACCAAUGACUCUUUGUGCACCUAUGCCAACAUUGCCAGCCUUGACGAUGACGACCCAACGACCUUACAAACCGCCGAUCAGUCCGCGAGGAAGAAAAUGCCGGAAUAUUUCCCAGUUUAUGGAAUGUCUUCGGAAAACGGGCACAGUGAAGACUUAACGAGCAACGAUCUGUUUAGUGAGCUGAUUGAGGACAUGGAGUUGGAAACCACUCUGUCGGAUCAUGACGAGGCUUUCGUGGAAACCAAUGGAGAAGCUGCGGUUCGGUCUUCUCUCUUGGUGUCUGGACCGUCUCUGGACCAGAUCAGUCAGGACAGCUUACUAGAAGACAGCUGUUCUAACACCGUUCCAACCGCAGAGCACCCGGCUGAAACGCCAGACUCUUUAGAUUCUCUAGACAUACACAGGCUGGCGGAGCAGGCCGAUGAGCUGAGCGCUCAAACACUUCAGCACAAACUCCAUCCUCCAUACAAGAUAUCUGACAGCGGCUACGAGACGGAAAACCUGGAGUCUCCGGAGUGGAACUCCCAGCCGAGCGACCGCUCUCCUGUCAAAAAUGGCAGCAGCAUCACAAAAGAGUCAGAAGAGCUGGCAUCUGCAGCGAAUUUGGUGCCACCAAAAAUUGUUAUCUCCGAAGUUGAGGGUUUACUGGAGAAUUGUGGGGAGGACUUCCAUGAGGGCCAGCAGACGGAUCGUCCCGCUGAGGAGCCGUUCAUGGGCGGCAGUUACAGAGACUCUGCGUACUUCUCUGACAAUGACUCUGAACCUGAGAAAAAGUCUGACGAAGCGGCAGGAGGGGCUGCCGACGCUGUGUUGCUGAGGAACUCUGCCCAGAAAGCUGCCAAAGAAAGAGAUAUCGAUGCUUUAUUUUCUGAGCAGGACACCAACGUGGUCGUCCAUAUCGACGCGGCGCUGGAGGUCCACAAGGACUUUGAGACGAGAGUUGCAGAGCCCGACAAAAAGACACCUCAACUUUUUAAUGCUACAUCAGCACCAGAAGAACUUGAAGACCCCGCCGCCUCAUCAAGGAAAGAACCAGAGAGAGGCGUUCACCCAAAGCUGACCAGGACGUACGCCAACGACGGCCAUAAGAUCAAAGAGCCAGACGUAGAGGGCCGCUACCUGGGGAGGGGGGAGGAUCUGGAUGGGCAGGAAGAUGGCGUGGACGCAGACGAGGAGGACGAGAACAGCGAGGACUCGGAUGAUGACCUGCGUGGGUACCAGCUGCACAGCUCCAGCUCUGACAGCGAGGACGAAGCGCCGCACCCCGUGCCGGUGAUUGUGUCCGACGACAGCAACUCAAAGCACCUGAAGAGUUUGUUAAAACCCACAACUUUGAGCAUACCAGCAUCAACUUCCCCGUGUCCAGUGAGGUCCAACGCAGAGAACUCCAGAAGAGCCGUGUCCUUCUUUGACGAUGUUACAGUCUACCUAUUUGACCAGGAGACCCCCACCAAGGAACUGAGUGACCACUUGAGUGGCCCAAACAGUCAGACGUCAGAGUUCAACGGUCCAGUGCCUGCUGCCGGCUUCCCGAACCGCUUCGGUAACUCCGAAAGCUCCACCGAUGAGGAGGGUGGAGGUUUUGAGUGGGACGACGAUUUCACCUCCUCAGCGCCUGCUUUCCGGUCCAGGACGACUAAAGACUCGGUUCCCAAGGCUGUUUUACCUUCAGCCCCCAUGGGCGGCGGGCGCAUGCCGGAGCCCAGCUGGACCAGCUUCUCCGCCUACUCCCGCUUCUCCAUCUCUCCAGCCAGCAUCGCCAGCUUUUCGCUCACGCAUCUCACCGACUCCGACAUCGAACAAGGAGGAAGCAGCGAGGAUGGAGACAAAGAUUAAAGCCAUGGACGACUGGAUCGUUCGUCCAUCACUUUGAGUGACCGGGCUUCACCCGGGAUACAGCACCACCACUUGAUACGGUUUGUGGAGCGAAAGACCCGGCCCAGUCCGAGCCCUCCUAACCUCUGAAGUGUGAUUUUCAGUCCAGUGCAAUUCCAGUUGGGAGAAAAACACACAAAAACAGGAGUAGCUCCCAAAUCUGUUCCAUAAAGACUUCGUCAUGCACAUUCCAGUUGUGUGGCUGCUUCUUUUUCCUUCAAAUGCUUUUCAUUUCAAGACUUUAACGAAGCCAAGAAAAAAGGAAAACCUCGUAAUAUUCCAGAUGAAUGACUUCAGCACACUGGGAAGCGAUCACUACAACCAACCAGGCAAAGUAAGCUCUGCAGAGACUUUUACUCCUCAGCGUCUCGUCGUGUGACUGCAUCAGUGGUUGCCUUCUUUUGUGUGUGUGUGUGUGUGUGUGUGCGCGAUGAAUCGUUCUCCUGAUUGGAGCCGGCGUGUGGGAUCCUUCUGUAGCAGUAUUUGAAUCGAUGUGUUUUGAAUGUGGAAGCCCCAUCCUGCAAAAAGGGUGAUUGUUGAGUCUGCAAAGGGGGACGCACUGUAUAUUCCUUUAUCUUUGAAAGGAGCAUUUACUGUAAGCAGAUUUGUUUUUUUUCAUUAAGCCAUCUCAGUCAAAUCAAUGAUCAAGGUGGUCCAACUGUGAGACAGUUGUAAAAAACCUAAUAAUUGUUAAAUUUGUGUAAAGCUUUAUUUUAUCUGAAAUGUGCAAGAUGCUGGUUUGAUUUUUUUUUUUUUUGUCUCGUUAUCACUGGGUUUAAUGGUGCCUGUGGACAGCUGCUCUCUUAUUUGCUGUCAAAAAAAUUCUCACAGAUCAUGUAAAAAAAACUAUUUUUAAAUGUCUGGAUGAAGAAAAUGCAGACUGUCGAGUGUGCAAUGAAAUUUUGCUGGUGGGAGGAGCUGACGAUUGUGAGGGGGCGGGACUUCCAGUCACAUGAGAACACUACUUAAAAAAAAAUCAAAUAAAAAGGCUGCUUUUCUAAUUGUGGGGCAGAGAGGUUCUCCUUUUCAAGAAUUUCAGUCAAAAACGUUAAAAUAACCUGCUUGCAUUGCUAAAUUAAUUUCUUUGUGCUCAUUUCUCGUGUCAUCGAUGUGGAUUUGAGCGGCUCCGAAUGGGAUGUACAGGUAUGAACUGUAGCUCAUACAGUUAUAUUCCUUUCAGUAGUCACUAGACACCUCUCUCCUGCCCCCUACAGGCCACCUGUAUGUUAAACACCUGUGUUGAAACCAGCAGUCUCACUUGAAACAUCUAUUUAAGGAGAUCUUUAGAUUUGACAGUAUAAACUUGCUUAACCUUGCACAUUUGAGAGAUGUAACUUUUAUGUUAAAAUGUUCCGAUGUAUAUAAAUGUUUGGUUUAUUAUUUUUUUCUGUCUGUAAAUUUGAAAAUGAUGUAACUACGUUGUAGGUAUGAGGUUUUGUUUUUGUAACUUAAAAGCGGAGGUGAAUCAGAGGGACAUAUCACAGCAGUUAAAUGAAGACAAACGUUCUGUCCUUUAAACCUGUAGAUUUUAAAUAUUUUUACUUCAUAUUGAUCAUGCUUAGUGUAAUUGAAAGACAUGUUUAUAAUUACACGGUUUAAUAUGAAAAUAAAUGCAAAUGAACUUA